GAAUUAUACCAGUUUGCGACUAACCUGCAAAAGACCAAUCUUGUUUUGAAAUACUAUUUUUAUCGAUACUACAUAUAUGUAUUUACAAAUAUCAUAAAAAUGCCUGUGCCAUGUAGAGCUGGUUGUGGAAAAAAUGCUAUGCUUAAGCGACCAAAAACAGGAGAUGCUCUGUGCAAAGAAUGUUUUUUCUGGGCGUUUGAAACAGAAGUACAUUUCACAAUAACAAAAGGAGAACUAUUUAAAAAGGGUGAUUCAGUUGCUGUAGCUGCGUCUGGCGGAAAAGAUUCAACUGUUCUCGCACACGUUCUAAAAACUUUGAAUCAAAGGUACAACUAUGGUCUGAACCUUAUGCUUUUAUCAAUUGACGAAGGCAUCACUGGUUAUAGAGAUGAUAGUCUCGAAACAGUCAAACAGAACAGAGAUGAUUAUGAAAUGCCACUUAAAAUAUUGUCCUAUAAAGAGCUAUAUGGUUGGACAAUGGAUGAGAUUGUAGCUCAAAUAGGAAGGAAAAACAAUUGUACCUUUUGUGGUGUGUUUCGUAGACAGGCAUUAGAUAGAGGAGCUGCCAUGCUCAAUGUUAAGUGCAUCGCAACAGGACAUAAUGCUGAUGAUAUAGCAGAGACUGUUUUAAUGAAUGUUCUUAGAGGUGACAUUGCUAGGUUAAAAAGAUGCACCGCUAUAUGUACUGGUAGCGAAGGAACAAUACCUCGAGUAAAACCCUUAAAGUACACUUAUGAGAAGGAAAUAGUGAUGUAUGCACAUUAUAAGAAACUCGUGUAUUUCUCAACUGAGUGUGUGUUUGCACCAAAUGCCUACAGAGGGCAUGCACGUGCUUUACUUAAAGAUAUGGAGAAAAUUAGGCCAACAUGUAUAAUGGAUAUUAUUUAUUCAGGUGAAACAAUGGCCUUAAAGGAGGAAAUAUCCCUUCCAUCUCAAAGGUUAUGCAUUAGAUGUAAUUUUGUAUCCUCUCAAGAAGUGUGCAAGGCUUGUGUGCUCUUAGAAGGAUUAAACAAAGGGCUUCCGAAACUUGGCAUAGGGAAAAGUUCAAAGGCGAAAAAAAUGUUAGAUGAAUACAACGCUAAACAAAAAAGUAUUUUAGAGGAAACUAUAAAAGACAUAAAUGAUGAGUAUAAGAAAAACAAUUGUGUGUCCAAAGGUAAAGUUUGUAGGUCUUCUUGUAAGAACAAAAGCCAUAUUACAAAAGUGAAUGGAGAAUCUCAUAGUAAAACGGAAUCAUGUUGUAAUGGUCAAUGUAGUGAAAAACUGAAUAACAGUGCAGAAACAAACUCGAAAGUAAACGGUCUCUUAAAAGAAUAUGUUUUAGCCGAAAGCACACAAAACGGUCAAACACCAGAAAAAUUAAAUGACAAUUCUAUACGUGUUAACACACUAAACAAUGAGACAGAUGAUGAAUUCGAAAUUGACACACACAAUACCGUCAAUGAAUUAACAGAGGAUGAUGACACGUGCGGCGGAGCCUGCGGCAAAAUAGAUUCUCUACAUCUAGGCUUCUGAUAUGGAGCAAUUACAUUUAUGUAAAUAAUAUACAGAUUUAUUUAUGUAAAA